AUGAUUGAGGUGAAUGACACAGGAAUAUCCCAGAGUAAGAGUUAUGUUUGUCAACUAGGAGGCCACGAUACUGUAGUGCAGAAGAAUAUGAUGUUGGAAGCCAAGAUGGAUUCCCUCAAAGUUAUAACUCCCUGGCACCCAGUAUCACCCCCCGGCACCCAGUAUCACCCCGGCACCCAGUAUCACCUCGGCACCCAGUAUCACCCGUGCACCAGUAUCACCCUCGGCACCCAGUAUACCCCCCGGCACCCAGUAUCACUCCCAGGCACCAGUAUCACCCCGGCACCCAGCACUCCUCGCACCCAGUAUCACUCCCCGGCAUCCAGUAUCACCCCGGCACCCAGUAUCACCCCGACACCCAGUAUCACCUUCCAGCAUCACUCCCCGGCACCCAUCACUUCGGCACCCAGUAUCACCCUCGGCACAAUAUCACCCUCACACACAGUAUCACCCCGGCACACAGUAUCACCCCGACACCCAGUAUCACUCCGGCACCCAUCACCUCCGGCACCCAGUAUCACUCCCGGCACCAGUAUCACCCACGGCACCCAGUAUCACCCCCGGCACCCAGCACUCCCCGGCACACAGCACUCCCGACACCCAGUAUCACUCCACGGCACCCAGUAUCACUCCACGGCACCCAGUAUCACCGGCACACAGUAUCACUCCCGGCACACAGUAUCACUCCGACACCCAGUAUCACCCACGGCACCCAGUAUCACCCUCGGCACCCAGUAUCACCCCGGCACCCAGUAUCACCCCAGGCACCCAGUAUCACUCCCCGGCACCCAGCAUCACCCCGCACCCAGCAUCACCCCGGCAUCCAGUAUCACCCCCGCACCCAGUAUCACCCCCCAGCACCCAGUAUCACUCCACGGCACCCAGUAUCACUCCUCGGCACCCAGUAUCACUCCCCGGCACCCAGCAUCACUCACCCAGCACUGCACACAUAUCACCUCGGCACACAGCACCUGCACACAGUAUCACUCCCCGACACCCAGUAUCACCCACACCCAGCACUCCUCGGCACCCAGUAUCACCCACGGCACCCAGCAUCACCUUCGGCACCCAGUAUCACUCCCCCGACACCCAGUAUCACCCACGGCACCCAGUAUCACCCCCGGCACCCAGCAUCACCCCGACACCCAGUAUCACCUCAGCACCCAGACACCCCCGGCACCCAGCAUCACCCACGGCACCCAGCAUCACCUCGGCACCCAGCAUCACCCCGGCACUCAGUAUCACCCCGACACCCAGCAUCACCUCAGUACCCAGUAUCACCCCGGCACCCAGUAUCACUCCCGGCACCCAGCAUCACCCCCGGCACCAGCAUCACCCCGGCACCAGUAUCACCUCCCCAACCAGUAUCACCCUCAGUACCCAGUAUCACUCCCCCGGCACCCAGUAUCACCUUGGCACCCAGUAUCACCCUCGGCACCCGAUAUCACCCCGGCACCCAGUAAUACCCUGGCACCCAGUAUCAAUCGUCAGCAUCCAGUAUCACUCCCCGCACCCAGUAUCACCCCUGGCACCCAGUAUCACUCGUCGGCACCCAGUAUCACUCCCCGCACGCAGAUCACUCCGUCGGCACCCAGUAUCACCUCGGCACCCAGUAUCACCCCCGGCACCAGUAUCACUCGUCGGCACCCAGUAUCACUCGUCAGCAUCCAGUAUCACCCCCGACACCCAGUAUCACCUCGCACCAGUAUCAAUCCGUCGGCACCCAGUAUCACCUCGGCACCAGUAUCACCCCCCUGCACCCACAUCACCCCUGGCACCCAACAUCAACGCCAGCAUCCAGCACUCCCGGCACCCAGUAUCACCGUCGGCACCCAGUAUCACCCCCGGCACCCAGUAUCACUCGUCGGCACCCAGUAUCACCCCCGGCACCCAGUAUCACCCGUCGGCACCCAGUAUCACCCGUCGGCACCCAGUAUCCUGCCGGCACCCAGUAUCACCGGCACCCAGUAUCACCCCCCGGCACGCAGUAUCACUGCCGGCACCCAGUAUCACCGCACACAGCACUCCCCGCACCCAGUAUCACCGUCGGCACCCAGUAUCACCCCCGGCACCCCAUCACCUGUCGGCACCAGAUCACCUCAAACCAGUAUCACUCGUCGGCACCAGUAUCACCUCGGCACCCAGUAUCACCCCAGCACCCAGUAUCACCUCGCACCCAUUACCCCGGCACCAGCAUCACUCGUCGGCACCCAGUAUCACCGGCACCCAGUAUCACUCGGCACCAGUAUCACCUCCUGGCACCCAGUAUCACUCCCCAGCACCCAGUAUCACUGCACCCAGCAUCAUUCCCCGCACCCAGUAUCACUGCCCGGCACCCAGUAUCACUCGGCACCCAGUAUCACCCUGCACCCAGUAUCACUCCCCAGCACCCAGUAUCACCCCCCGGCACCCAGCAUCACCUCGGCACCCAGCAUCACCUCGUCGCACCCAGUAUCACUCGUCGGCACCCAGCAUCACCCCGGCACCCAGCAUCACCCCAGCACCCAGCAUCACCCUGCACCCAGUAUCACCCCGACACCCAGUAUCACCCUUCGGCACCCAGUAUCACCCCCGGCACCCAGUAUCACUUCGGCACCCAGCAUCACCGGCACACACAUAUCACUCCCCGGUACCCAGUAUCACUCCCCACCCAGUAUCACUCCCCACCCAGUAUCACCUUGGCACACAUUAUCACUCCUCGGCACACAGUACACUCCCCAGCACCCAGUAUCACCUCGCACCCAGUAUCACUCCCCGACACCCAGUAUCACUCGGCACCCAGCAUCACCCCGGCACCCAGUAUCACUCGGCACCCAGCACCUCGGCACCCAGCACCCCCAGCACCCAGUAUCACCCCGGCACCCAGCAUCACCCCCGCACCUAGCAUCACCCCUCGGCACACAUUAUCACCCUCGGCACAAGCAUCACCCCUGGCACCCAGCAUCACCCCCGACACCCAGCAUCACCGGCACCCAGUAUCACCCCGCACCCAGCAUCACUUCCGCACCCAACAUCACCUCGGCACCCAGCAUCACCCUCGCACACAUUAUCACCUGGCACCCAGUCACUCCCCGCACCCAGUAUCACUCCCACACCAAUAUCACCUCGGCACCUGCACUCCCCGGCACCCAGCAUCAAUCGUCGCAUCCAGUAUCACCCCGGCAUCCAGUAUCACCCCGGCACCCAGUAUCACCGUCGGCACCCAGUAUCACUCGUCGCACCCAGUAUCACCCCCGCACGCAGUAUCACUCGUCGGCACCCAGUAUCACCGGCACCCAGUAUCACCCCGCACCCAGUAUCACCUGUCGGCACCCAGUAUCACCCCGGCACCCAGUAUCACUCGUCGGCACCCAGUAUCACUCGCACCCAGUAUCACCUCAGCACCCAGUAUCACCCCCCGCACCCAGCAUCUCGCACCCAGUAUCACUCGGCACAUGUAUCACCCCCGGCACCCAGUAUCACCUCGGCACCCAGUAUCACCCCGGCACCCAGUAUCACUCCUCGGCACCCAGUAUCACCCCGGCACAGUAUCACUCCCUAGCACCCAGUAUCACUCCCCGGCACCUAGUAUCACUCGUCGGCACCCAGUAUCACCUCGGCACCCAGUAUCACUCCCCUAGCACCCAGUAUCACCCCACACCCAGACUACCCUCGGCACACAGUAUCACCCCCGGCACCCAGUAUCACCCCCGGCACCCAGUAUCACUCGACACCCAGUAUCACUCUUCGGCACCCAGUAUCACUUCGGCACCCAGUAUCCUCGGCACACAUUAUCACCCGCACCCAGUAUCACUUCACACCCAGCACCCCCGGCACCCAGCAUCACCCCCAGCACCCAAUAUCACCCCGGCACCCAGCAUCACCCUCAGCAACCAGUAUCACCCCGGCACCCAGUACUCCCCCGGCACCCAGCACACCUCAGUACCCAGCAUCACCCCGGCACACAAUAUCACCCCGGCACACAGCAUCACCCCUGACACCCAUCACUCCCCGGCACCCAGUAUCACCCCCGGCACACAGUAUCACUCCCCGGCACCCAGUAUCACUCCCCGGCACACAGCAUCACCGCACACAGUGCAUCACUCCCUGACACCCAGUAUCACCCCCGGCACCCAGUAUCACCCCGGCACCCAGUAUCACUCCCCCGGCACACAGUAUCACUCCCCGCACCCAGCAUCACUCCCCGCACCCAGCAUCACCGCACCCAGCAUCACCCCCUGCACCAGUAUCACUCCCCGGCACCCAGCAUCACCCUGGCACCCACUGGAUGGAUCGGGUCCCCGGGCGCCAACCAGGGACUCUGAGGACAAGAGUCGAGCGUUGUAUCCACACUCAGCCACCGCACCGUGCGCCUAG